AUGGCCACUCUAGUAGUAUGCCAGCUUGUUCUACUGUCAUUGUCGGUUUCUCCUCUAACAAACUCCCCUCCCUUCUCUCUCUUUCAGUCCAUCAUGGAGCAGUUCAACCCCUGCUUGCGGAACUUCGUUGCCAUGGGGAAGAGCUAUGAGAAGGCCCUAUCCAAUGUGACGUUUGCUGCUAAGGGCUACUUUGAUGCCCUGGUGAGGAUGGGAGAGCUAGCCAGUGAGAGCCAGGGAUCCAAGGACAUGGGGGACGUGCUGUUUCAGAUGGCUGAGGUCCACAGACAGAUCCAAGUACAGCUAGAGGAGAUGCUGAAGUCUUUCCACAACGAGCUGCUGUCUGAGCUGGAGAAGAAGGUUGAGCUGGAUGCUCGUUAUCUGACGGCUGCGUUGAAGAAGUACCAAGUGGAGCACAAGAGUAAGGGAGAGAGUCUGGAGAAGUGUCAGGCUGAACUGAAGAAACUCCGCAGGAAGAGCCAGGGCAGCAAGAACCCCUCCAAGUACGGAGAGAAGGAGAUGCAGGUCAGUCUCUAUGGAAGGGCCGACAGGCUCGGACGGACGCACGGCUACACGCAUGGAUGCACGCACACGCAGACAGACACAUGGACGCACGGCUACACGCAUGGAU